UACAGUAAAAUAUAUAAAAAGUACGACUUUUGAAGUGAUUUAUUCUAUAGAUUAAAAGGCAAUUUCUGGGAAGAUUAAAAAAUGAGUGAGCAGGACUUUCAGUAACGUUUUACGUUAAUUUGUAUGAUGGCCUUCAAAUAACAUAGCGGCCGUUCUUGUAAAACCUUAGCAAAAUGUUUAUCUGUUCGUGUUGUUUGAACGGAUGCUAGGGCGACCAUUGUUAUAACAAACUGAAAAAAAUAUAAUGUUGGCACUAACUCUGCUCGGAAAAUGUUCCUUAUCAGGUAAAAUGGUAUAAUAUAAAAAUAAAAACAAAUAUUUUACACUUCAGUAUUGCAACUUUCAGAAUUCUGAUAUAGACAAUGCAAGAUCUCUUUUUCUUUUGUCUUCGGCAGCCUGUAAGGAUGAUGCGUUUGGUGUGGUCACAUGCACAAGUGUCAGUUUCUAUAGGGAGUGUACUGUACCUGGUGCUGUACACGUUCACGCCAUAAAACUUAACAGGAACUUUACACGUGCAAAUUGCGAGUUCCAGAAGACCUUUGGUUAUCGUGGCAAUGCAAUGUGGGUGACAAGUGGCUGCAGCGGAGAAUUCUUUUUAUGCUACGAAAAAGACUCAGAGCCAACUAGGAAACCAGAGACAACUGUGACGUCACGCCCGGUUAAACCAACAGAACCAAUUGCUGUUGCAGUAGUCAGUUCAUCAUCCCUUGAGAAAAAUAAUGUUUGGAUCUAUAUUAUAGUUGCUUCCUGCGUUAUUCUACUUGUCGGCUUUGGUCUCAUCGUCGGCUGUGUUGUCAAAAGACGCCAACAGAACGACAAAUCCAGACAACUUGCUGAGAAACGGCAGAUCAGAAUAGAACUGAAAGAACAUCGCGAAAAUAUGGAGGAAAACGGUGUUACCAUGGUAAUGCCAUUGGCAAAUAGGUCGCUUUCUCUAGAAUCUAUUAAUUAUGGUGAUGCAAUUAAUUACAGUUAUGGUAAUAGAUAUGAAUACGAUAAAGACGGCUCUGUGUGUUCUAGUCAGAGUUCUCAUUCCGGGAUGACGUCAUUGUCCGCGCGCACAACCGGAUAUUUAAUGAAAACGAGGCCGAGUUUUCACGGUAGCAUGAGACGCAUGCAAAAUGGAAUUCUUAAGAAAGGAAUAAGUACACCAGAUAUAAGUGUCCUUGGUAAAAUGUAUUGUGAAGCCAAUAUGAACUCUAAACACCAAAGAGGAUCGUUACGAAGGCAAAGCAAGAACUCUUUGGUACGCGGUAGUCAAAGUAGCUUGGAAAGUGUCCGGGAAGUGUGUAGCAAAUAUCAGGUUUUCGAUAUACCUUUAGAAAAGAAAUUGCAACAGCAAUACAGAAGGCCUUCCAAAUACAAUACUGUCAGUUUCGGUGUUGGAAGCAGUCAAAGAACUUAUGACAGUAGAAUAUAUUCACCUCCGGAGAAUGCUUCUCGUAAAUAUAGCACUGUCGGCUUUGCCGGAAGUGCUUCAGAACGCGCAUACAGGAACAGCAUAAGGAGCCUACCCGGAAGUAGUAGAAGUAGUUGUAGGAAAAUAACAAGAGCGAUUGUUCAUUCACGGACUCCAAGUGUGAAAGACUCACCUGCACGCACAGUGAACAAAAAUGAAAUUGUAAGUGAAGAAAGCGGUUCUCAUGGAAUAAAAGUGCAACAAAAUUCUAAAUAUACUCGUAACUUGGAGAUGAAUCCAGAGAAGCUUCAUAAAACUAAUUCUACAUAUGACAUUCCACGUGAUACUCAGUACCAUGAUCCUACCUCUUUGAUUGUUAGAUCAAAAUCUCCUGAGCCCGCACAAAGACUCAGUGUAAAAUCUGAAAGGCCAGAGAGUCCAGUUGUAACAAUAUCAAAACCUGAAAGUAUUUAUGAAAUUGUUGAUAAGCUCAAAGUUAACAAACCAGUCAUUCUUCCGAAACCUAAGCUACUUCCUAAACCGAAUACUGCAAAUGCUAUUUAUGCCACUGUUAAUAAGAGUUAUUUUAAAGCUGCGUCAAGGGCAGAAAGGAAAGAUUACGUCAUUAAUACCACUACUGAUGUCGUAUCAUUAGAGGACGACGAAGAUGAUGCAGUUUCCGCAGAAAGAGAAAGCCAAUAUGCAAGACUCGAAGCUUUUAAACCAGCAUCUGUGUUUGCAAUGCCGGUACCAUCAAUGAAUGUGCCUGGCGUAUCGACUGGUACAACAAAUAUCUAAUAUUCAAUAUACUGUCUAUGCGUAUAAAUAGAUCUAGAGCUAUGUUGUUGUUUUUUUCCGUUUCUAUUUCUUUUUUGUAUUUAUAUAAGUGAUUUAUUCUUUUUCUAUUGUACAUGUAUAUAUCAACUUACGGAAAAGAUAAAAACUUACUAUUAUAAUUGUCAUACAUAAUGCAUUGCAAUGUUUAAUAUACGUAAUGUUUGUGCCUAAAAGCGUAUGUAUUAUUCGCAAAUAAAGUGCAAAUAAAGUAUUUUAACAACUCAUUAAUGUAUAUCUGUGAAAUAAUCUUACCCAAACGCGACAAGCAGCAUUUUCGUAAUGGAUAUUUUACGAGUGUAAUGAAUCGAUAGGACUUGAAGCUUUAACAUUUGAUUGGUUAAUGGUCCUUCAUACAUACAGAUGUAAAAGUUGUAUUUAUAUUAAAUGGUUAUUCCUUUCAUCUACAAUUCUCUGUUGUCUCAUAUCGUUCAUGGCAGAAUUCACAGAAUCUCAACAUAUUGAUAUCAUUGCACCCCUUAUGUUAAAAGGGCCUCCGUGGCUGGGUGGCCAAAGUUCGUUGGCUUUGAAUCAUAUGACUGUUCAAAACACCAUUUGUGUAUCCAGCUGGGUUGUGAUAGGUCAGCGGUUCUACCAAGUUACCUGCAAAUGAAUGUCUGCAGGGAUAAAGCCGGUAUUUCCUUAUCAAUUAAAAGGAUCUAUAUCAAAGAUUAGAGUUUCUACUUGUAACA